UUUGAAUAAGGUUUCCCCUGUAUAAAAAAGUUAAUUUGAAUUUUGUCGUUUUACCGCCAUGCGGUUUCACUAGUAAUUUAUAAUCUCUUACAGGUACUCACGAGGAUGCCAUGUACGGCACGAAAUUGGAUACUAUACGCCGCAUACACACCGAAGGCAAAAUGGCUAUAUUGGAUGUUGAACCACAAGCUUUGAAAAUUCUACGUACUGCAGAGUUCACGCCAUACGUAGUGUUUAUUGCGGCGCCGUCAUUACAAAAUAUUGCUGAUUACGAUGGCAGUUUGGAGCGGCUGGCUAAGGAGUCCGAUAUGUUACGUCAAUUGUAUGGACAUUUCUUUGAUUUGACGAUUGUAAACAACGACAUUAGCGAGACAAUUGCUACGCUGGAAGCGGCCAUCGAACGCGUGCACACCACUCCACAAUGGGUGCCAGUUUCAUGGCUAUACUGACAAGACAGUGAGCUUGAGUGUCCCGACUGCUUGGAGGGCUGUGACUGUGAAUGGGAAGCAUACGCAGCCGGUGCCCAACAACAUAAUGCGGGCCUCUUUUGAACUAAGUAUACCAACAAUGAAUAUGCAUUACAUUUAGAACAGCAUCGCUAAAAAAGAAAGAAAAAAAAGAAGAAAAACAUCACUGAUAUGAACUAACGUGCAAGCGUGCAAAAGUAUACUGUGAAAUUGAAAAAAUAAAUGCAAUAUGGCAAGAUGUUGAACUAAUAUGGCAAAAGUGAAAUGUUCAAGCGUAAAGACAUAUUUACUUGCGGCAGUGCACAAAGUGACACAAGCAAAUAUACACACGAAACAUACACAAACUCCAUACACUAGUUCGUAGAAAAAUUUAUAAAU